AUGCGCACAUUCACGCGCCGCUUACCAGGGAUUUUGCCUUUGCCCAGAGCAUCGAUCGCGCCCUGCGUCAAGACGCUCUCCCGACCACUCGCUGCCUCGCCCCCCCGAACGACGACGAUGGCGAUGCGAUGCCAGCAGCAGCUCUUUGCCGCGCGAUCCCUACACACGACAUCGUUCCUGAGCAAGCAGAAAAAGGCACAGGAACAUACACCGACGAACUUUCAGGACCUCGACGUACUCGGCAAUACGCCGGUGCCGUCGACGUCGGUCGAUGUCUGCAUGUACGACGGGUUUGGCCUCAACAGCGGCAUCACAAUCACCGACGGCGACGGCGCGCUGCUGGUUGACGGCGAAGCUUUCACGUGGCGUCCGUGGGAGAUCUCGGGCGAGAUGCGCCUGCUCAACGACAAGGGACAGUUUGACGUGCCGGCGGAGACGUUGGGUGUAUUUGACAUGUUGUGGCCUCGGCCAGAUUUACUCAUUGUUGGCACUGGAAAAAGCAUAGCGCCGCUGAGUCCGGAGUUGAGGAAACACAUCUCGUCUCUUGGUAUGCGUCUGGAAGUUUUGGAUACGAGAAAUGCGGCGUCACAGUUUAAUCUACUUGCUACGGAACGGGGCGUAGCAGACGUGGCAGCUGCGUUGAUACCAAUCGGGUGGCAGGAGGGCAUCGGCGCUGCCGAGUAA